AUAGACCACGUCUUUCGUUUACAUGGCCUCCCGAUAGACGUGGUUUCUGACAGAGGACCCCAAUUUGUGUCUAAAUUUUGGCGAGAAUUCUGUAAAUUACUAGGAGCGACUGUAAGUCUGUCCUCAGGGUUUCACCCCCAGAGCAAUGGCCAGACCGAGAGAGCCAACCAAGAUUUGGAAAGGGUGUUGCGAUGUUUGGUCUCCAAGAAUCCUUCCUCCUGGAGCCAACAAUUGUCUAUGGUGGAGUACGCCCACAAUACCUUACCAGUAUCGGCUACGGGCCUAUCUCCUUUUGAGUGUAGUGUAGGGUACCAGCCACCAAUUUUUCCCAGUAUGGAAUCCGAGGUUGCGGUCCCCUCCAUUCACGCCUUCGUCCAGAGGUGCCACCGCACUUGGACCAGAGCCCGCGAGACUCUACUCCAAGUGGGGGCGCGCACCAAGGCCAAAGCCGAUCGCCACCGGUCUAGGCCUCCCGUAUACGUCGUGGGUCAAAAGGUGUGGCUUUCUACUAAGAACAUUCCUCUCCGUUCCGUUUCUAAUAAACUGGCUCCCAAAUUUAUCGGCCCGUUUACUGUCACCAAGAUCAUUAGUCCGGUGACAGUCCGCCUCAAACUCCCUCCGACGUACAGGAGAAUUCACCCCGCCUUUCAUGUAUCCAAAAUAAAACCUGUAUUUUAUUCUCCCAUUAAUCCGCCUACCCCGGUCCCUCCCCCGCCGCGUCUCGUAGAUGGGGAGACCACUUAUUUGGUUAAUCGUAUUCUGGACUCUAGAAGGAGGGGACGCGGAUUUCAGUACUUGGUGGACUGGGAGGGUUACGGUCCGGAGGAGAGAAGUUGGGUACCUGCUAGGGACAUCCUGGAUCAUUCCCUUAUCGAUGAUUACAAUCGACAGGUAAGAGAUUCUGGGGACGCCAGGAGGCGUUCUUAGGAGGAGGGGUACUGUCACGGUUCGUGAAUGCACCGUCUCCAGCUGUAGUCAGGUUACGUCAUGUUGAUUGUUUCAUGUGGGUGUGGUCGCUGAUCACUGAUCAGCGGCAGGUGCGGCUAGUUCCCACAGACUAUUUAACACCCUGUCUUUCGUUUCCUGUUUGUCUGAUCGUUGUUUGUAGAUCCUGGUGUUUGAUGUCGUGUUCGUGUUGUUCCUGCCUUGCCUUGUCGCCGUUCUGUUCGGAUCCUGUAGUCACGCUUGGAAUACACUCACCACUAUUGGAUUAUCACCGCUGUCAUCGUCGUUCAACGCACCCCACGUCUCAACUCACCAGUCUGUGCUGCCACCGUGGUUCCUGCGUUACUCUCCGACCUUUCAUCAUCAUCAUACUUCUAAUAAACUUACUCGUACUUGCAUUUGUCUCCUGUCCUCCAUUAGCGCCGU